CAAAACCUCGCCGUCAUACUACAAGCUGCUGCUAGCAAGUAGCUGGCGCAGCACUCUUACUGUGUUGAGUCAACGGCGCAUCUGCGAGGCAGCAGCGGCAUCACAACCUAGACAGAUGCGAUGACACAGACGCCGGACCAGCAGCCGACGUCUUCGGACUGACACCGGGGGGUGGCUUUAAAUUUUAAAAUGUUUCCAGUGUGUCGUGUGUUUUAUUAGACAUUUGUUACAGUUAAAAAAACCGCUAUUAGUCGCUGUUGAUUUCGAUCUAACUUGCUGCAAGCUAGCAUUAGCGCGCUGCUGCUAACCCUUCAGGCGUCGUCGAAGUGGCCGCACAAACAUGUGGAUCAUCGUGGAGGAGACCCCCGGGACGACUUUAAACGCUUUCCGCUGGUCACGAGUUUCAACCGGACGCUGACUGGACCCCACUGAGUCUCUGCGGAGGAGAAAGAGUGACACAUCUCCAGGACCAGAUUACUCACCGGACUUGCCUCUCCAGACAGACAGACAGACGGACGGCCAGGGACCAUGCUGACCUUCCUUGCUGCUGGUUCUGUUUUCUUUCCGGGCCUCUUCCUUCUUUCCAAGCAGUGCCUCAAGUCCAUCCCGGCGCUGCGAUGGAGCGAAGGCGACGCCGUCAUCGUGUCUGCCAGGUUGGUGUCAUCGGUUCAGGCGGUCAUGGCUUCUUCAGCUGGAUACAUUAUUGCUUCUUCCUGCGAUGACAUCAUCGAGGACCAGCACUGGCUGACCAGCACGUACAUCAUGUUUGCCGUCCCCUACUUCGUAUACGACAUCUAUGCCAUGUUCAUGUGCUACUGGUACAAGCUGAGGGUCAAAGGGCACGAGGAGGCCUUGCCGGCACCCCAGCAUAUGGCCUCUGCACUCACCAGCUACCUGCGCCGCGAGUUCCUCAUGGUGCUGCAUCAUGUUGUCAUGGUUACCGUCUGCUUCCCUGUUUCUGUGUUUGUGCGUCAAGGAAAGGGAGAUUAUUUCCAGGGCAUAAUGUUUAUGGCCGAGCUCAGCACUCCAUCCGUCUGCUUAGGAAAAAUACUCAUUCAGUAUAAACAGCAACACACUCUGCUGCACAAAGUGAAUGGGGCUCUUAUGCUGAUCACUUUUUUCAUCUGUCGAGUCCUCCUCUUCCCUUACCUCUACUACGUCUAUGGAAGGUACGCGUCCAUUCCGUUCCACAUGGUCCCCCUGUCGGUGCCCUGGCACUGUAACCUCGGAGCCGCUCUGCUCAUGGCCCCCCAGCUCUACUGGUUCUCCCUCAUUUGCAGAGGCGCUCUCCGGCUCUUCACAGGCUCCUCGCGCUCCCGGAGACCUCGCACCGGUGCAGCAGCCACCACUGACGGCGGCACAGCGGGCCCCCAGCCGGCCAACGGCUACAGCGCACGCUCCACAGAGCCCGAGCUGGCCACUCACUGAGACGAGUGGCGGGCGGGCCGGCGGGCGGAGGCGGGAGCAGAUGCGAAUGUACCAAUGUCACGGAAAAGAGGUAGCAAUAUAGCGGAAGUGAAAAGCUACGGACGAUGGCCUCAAAUAAGCGCUGGAGUCUUUGCAAGGCUUCUCCCACUGACCUUUUAGGUUUGCCGGCCUUCAACGACUCCAGCUUUGUAGGAAAACAUUUAAUGAUGUCAUCAGGCACUGUAAACAGGAAGGAGAGGAUCUAGCCUGGAUCUUUUGCAAGCGUAGGUGACCAUUUCUUUCAUUGUAGAUCAAAACUCUGACCUCUCGGGACGAGCAGGUCCAUAGGAAUGUAUUAUAUUGUAUGUUAGAACAUUUUUGCUGUAGACGGAAGGCCGAACUCACAUUUAGAAGAAAGCGAGAAAAGGGGAAAAAAAAAUAUCCUGGCUUAGCAGUAUUUCGACUUGUUAGUGUUUCUCUGUAUCCUCUAUGUAGUCACUGUCACAACAUGUAAGCAAACCUGCAGACCGAUCUCAUAAGACUCUUCUGCUGCCUUAUCCCCCUUUUUUCCACAUUUUCAUCCUCCUCGGAGAAGGAAACAAAAUGUGACGGGUGUACAUAGCCCAUGUAGAGUCCUUGUUUUCAUGUCAGUAUUAUUUUUUUUAUGUGUUUUAUUUUCCAUCUAAUGUUCCUACACAUCAAUGAAACCUCACCUCGGUUUAGUUUACACAAACUACUCCUUGCGCAGCUAAGUGUAGAUAUGAUUUCAUUCCAUUUAGUGAUAACACGCUCAAAGGAAUUCCCGUGGAUGUUUUAGUUAGCUCAACCCAAUGUGUUCAAUCAGCCAUCAUGUUUCACUGAAGGUACUUUUCAAAGGGCAUUAUUGAGGGACUUGCAAUGUUGACACAUUUGAAGGGAAAACAGUAUUGUGGGCUUGGGAUUCACCAUGUAAGUUUUUUUUUUAAAGACCUUUUACAUUGUGCAAAUAGCGCCACAGGUUCUAUGAACCGUCUUUGUGGGCAAGCCAGCCGGGUUUGUCUGUUUUUGUUUUUGUUUGUUUUAAAGCAGCAGCUGCACUCUGUGGAAAUAGGUCAAAGGAGAGGAAAAAAAAAGUUCAAAAAUAAGAAACCAUCGAGACCAGAGCAGUGUGUGUUGGACAACUGUGGGCAUGUCAACACAGAGUAACAUGAACACCACCACCACCACCCCACCAAUCCCCCCCCAUCCACUCCUCCAAGAACAUUUCAACCAAUGUACUGUAUAUUCCACCAAAUGCUUGUUAUUUAUUUGUAAGUAUUUAUUUAUUUAUUUAUUUGGGUUUGUGGUUCUGAAUGCAUAUUUAUGCAUCCAUACUAUACUCUAUGCUUCUGAGCCUUAUGUGAAGGCUGCAAUGUUACUCAAACUUAUCUGAAAUAUAAUUCUCUGUCCUCA